AGCACCAGGGGCUUCUCCAGCGUGCAACAGCAGCAGGUGCGUGAGGCAGCCACACUGGAAGCCCGUUUGGCAGCUGCAGUGCCUCUUGUGGUGGAUGGUCAACAGAAUGUUAACCCUGGUGUUAUUCAGCUAGAGGAGCUCAAACCCAUGAUGCCUGCAGAUCAGACAGUCUUAGACCGUCAUGAGCGAAGUACGUCCCCAGCACGCAUCACACCUGUGAAGCAUGAGGAGGUGAGAAGAGGAAGAAGAAGGGAAAUCGAAGUAAGCCGAGUAGGUUCUCCACGACCUGUGCAAGCAGCUCGCCCAGCAAACUUUGCUGCCGCCGAACAGACAACGGCAUCUGUUCUCACAGGAGAAUCCGAAGAGACAUUUCGAAAGGAGGCUGUUGUUUCUCCUGAAGAUACAGCCAGAAAGAGUGUGGGAGGCAGUUCUGGUCUAGGAGAGUCCCUGGAGAUGUCCUCAUCUCUUAUGGGACCAUUGUCUGAUGACGGCCGGCAGGGAAGAAAUGCCUACAGACGAAGCAACAGUGAAGUGUCACGCAGUAUGAGUCCCUCUCCAAGUAAACUUCCUCGAAGCAUUUCUUCGCCAGAGGAGAAGCAUCGUCCUAUUGCAGCUGUAAGGCCAAUACAGAGUGAUCAGUCACUGACUCAUCAGUCACCCGGACAGGAUUUGAUGCAACCAUUGGAUAGUGCUGAAAGGAAUUUUCCUCUACAAAGUGCUAUACAGCUAAACAGACAGAUGUCUCAAGACUCCACAUCCAGUGACCGUGAAGAAACAAGACCUAAAACACCAGAUAGGUUAACAGAAGAAGAGGAAGACGAAGAAGAUGAUGAUGCUAAUGCUGGCAUGAGUGCCAGAGCCAGUGAUGAAAGGACUCGUCAUCGGUUUUCCAGUAGCAGUGACUCUCAGAAUGGCAGAGACGAGUCAAAAGAAAGAAGUAGUGAUGGCUGAAAAAUCAUCAGAUUUGGUUGUGUUUGUGCGACAUGAUUCUGGGAAGGAACAGUUGCAGUUUGUGAGAGACAUUACUACUCAUUAUCACUGAUUGAAGUGCAGGCAGAAGACUAAGGUCUUUCCCAUUACUGAUAUACUCUGUAGGCGUCAACAAGGAUUCCCAAAGUUGUUCUUUUCUUCUGUAUAUUGCUCUUGAAAAUAUUUUUGUUACCAGUCUAAUAUUAUUGUCAGAUUACUACAGAUGCUGUUAGGCAAGCAUAGCAAGGUGAUGUGCAGUUUUCAGCUUGGCUAUGAAUGUGAGGUACUUCACAUUAAAAAAGAGAACUGAAAACACUUUAGAUGUCCCAAUUGGCACACAUUUCAUGUCACAAUUCAAAGGUUUGAAAUGAUAGUCUGCUUGGUGAGGUUUGAUAGGAGAGUUGUGAAAUGUAAAUCAGGCUAUAUAACUGCAGAUUUUUGUUUAAUAGCUUGCGCACACAGUCUGAAGCACAAAAUAAAAUUUUGGUUGAAAACUUAAAUGAUUGUAGGUCCCCCACCACUUCAAGGGAGAAACGUGCAAAUAUAAGAAUGGCAAUGUAGAACAGUUGUCAAACAAUCUGAUGAAAAUUCAGUACAAGAUUGAGUGCUGAUCGAUAGCGAUUCUAAUUACAGGUGGCUGUUUGACUUGGUCCCAAUCAAAUUAUACUAUUCCUCCGGUUUUGCUCUUGUUAUUAAAAGAAACUGUUAUGUUGUCCUCUUCCUUUAAUUCAAAGAUGAUGCCAUGCAUGGUUGUUAAAAGAAGCAAAAUCAAUGGCUUGUUAAGAUGCAUUUGUUGUUGGACUGGUGCCAGCUUGAGAUUUUUUCAGUGUGAUAGUUGUUGAAUUUGAAAAAGAAAAUUGUUCUCAGCAUGUGAAGCUACCAUGCAGAUAGGCAGAUGAGUUGUGUUAUGGUCACAGACAAAAGCCUGUGAGGCAGCUUGAGCAUUGAAAAAAAGGGGGAGUGGUGUAAUGUUUACAUGACAGACUGUUGUAUGUAGAACAGCAAAUGUGGACAGAGGGAGAAAUUUUGAUAGUAGUAGUCUGAAAAUAAAAGCUGCACGCCACUGCCCUUGUCCCUUCCUCUCAUUCAGCAUGUGGACACUCAUGCUUGUUUAUUUGUGCUUACAGGCCCUACAGAACUUCUAGCUGGGGGCAGGAGAGAAUGGAUUUUACUCAAGAAGCAGAUAACUUUGCCAUUUUUGUUGCAUUAAGAGCACAUUGAAUGAAGAUUAGUUCUUGCAACUUCUGCUGUCACUGACUUUUGCCAGAAUUCUGUUCAGGAGUAGUUAAUCUGGUAUAAAGGUCAGAGGUGACUGUCAUUGCUGCCACUAAAUAUAGGGAUGUGUGGUGGUGGUGUGAAAACUACUAGUCAGGUUAUAAACGGGGGAGGAACAUCAGAAUGAAAUAAAAUGAAUGCAACUUUGGCUGAUGGUUUUCAGAUUGGAGACGAAAGUUUAAGAAUGGAGCAGCUGUGCAUUUCAACAUGGGCUUAACAUACAGAGUGUUUUCAAUGGGGCUUGUGAUAAAUGCCAAGUGAAGUCAUCAUGCAGCUGUCAUCCAGAGUGGAUCAUCUUUUUUUCAAACAGUUCUUUGUGUGCCUCAUUUGUGUGUGUGCGUUCAUGCCAGCAAUGACAGGAAAUAUACACAAGCAUGGAGUAAGAAAAGACACUACUGAAAAGGAGGUGAGGUGAAUGGGAGAAUUCAAUGAAAAUGUGCCCAUCUUAAAAGUUUGGGCGAAGGUGACAGGUACUUGUGGCUUUCAGAAUAGCAAGGUGCUUCCCAGUCUCUGAGAGUGUGCUGUGCAAAUAGUGAGGGUUACCCAAUUUUUGGUACCAUCAUUUAUAUGAGGAAAAGAUUUUGACUACUACAGGAUCAUGGAAGUUUGAAAAAGCUGACAUUUUAAGGGCAUUUUCUCUGCCAGCUGUUCUGUCUAAGGCUAGUGUUUGGUUAUUACAUCAUGUGAAAAGUACUGAUUGGUGUAAUUUUUGAAUAUAGAUCUGAAGGCAUUGUAUAGAUGGCCGCUUUCAGUAUAUUUCGACGAGGAUGAAAUGAUAAGAGAUUUUCUGGAAAGGGCACUUUGGCAGUCCAUGGGAUUUUGUAUAAAGGCUCAGUUCCAUUGAGACUACAAGUCUGCUGGUCUGAGUAUGCUGUAAUUUUACUGGCCAGCUGCACAUGCAUUUUUCUGUAAGAAAAAGCUUUUCAAGUGGUAUUUUACAUGGUAUUUAUCUUUCCCUUGCACUCCACUAUUGUGUGUGUGUGUUCGAAUAAAAGAUAUAGAUCAAAAAGAAUGAAUGUGUGAAACAGUGUGCUCAUCUUUUUUCCGUCCCUAACCAGCAGGUUUUGGUUUAAAAUUGCCUUGUGUUAUUUGCCAACAUAAAUGUUUAAUGACCACUGAGUAUGUAACAAAUGACAGUAAAGAUUAUCCCAAGCUAUUAGGUCACUCUUAAUCGUUAGUAUGAAAUAAAAGCAUUUUGAGAAGAUAAUAUAUUGCUGAAUUUUUUUUGUUGGACAUUGACAGUUUUUAAUGCCUUAACAGAAGCCUUGCAUCUUUAAGGUGGGUUUUUUUUUUCCUUUUGACAGUUGACAUGCCCAGUUUUAUUACCAUCAUCAUGCUGGUGUUACUACAAAAGACUAAAGCUUAAAUAUUUAAUAGAAGUUGCCUUUUCUCUUUUGGUGGGGAGAUUAGAAUUAAAUUCAGAAACAAGAAAACCCUUGAUCUUCAGAGAUUUUUGUGUAUGUACCACAUGGAGCUUGAUGCUUAUUAGCCUUUAGCAUAUUUGGGUGACUCAUGUUAUUAUUUUUAAAGAUAAUAAGAAAAAAGCAAGGUAUCACAAAUUGUUUUCUUGUGGAUGACAGUGUUCUAUCCUACUGUAACUGAAGUGCUGCAUGGUUAAUCAUGUUUGUACAUCAGGUAGUCAUAUUUCCAGUGAGUAAAGACAGGAACUUAAUUAUUAGAAAGUUCCUUGCCAGAAGUAGACCAUGGAACCAACAUUAUCACAAUAGAAAGUAUUAAGAUAUCUUGAAAGCGCAAGAGGUGCUAGUGACCCUUUUGCAUCAGGUAGCUAUUGGAUUGUUGCCUAUAUGAAGUGUUUUACAUUGGUUCCCUGUUUGUAAACCAAUACUACCAUGAUCCCCGCCUGCCAGCCGCUGCUUUAUCAACACAAAUAAUAAGUUUUUCAUUUAAAAUCAUUGUCAUAUUGUAUAUGUAAUCAUGUUCUGUAUUACUCAAUCAUGUAUUGAUACUUCAGAUUACUUUUCUGAUUAAUGUAUGCGUAUGUAUAUUUGAUAAACUCAGUUUCACAAAUGUUAUAAAUUAUUGGUCAGUUUUCAUUUUGAUGAUGGUCUCUUGUAUGAUACACAGUGUAGUUACUCAAAGAUAUACAAGUCUGCCACAAGGAGGAAGUUUUAACAUAUUUUUUAUUACUUUUACAAAUAGAUUUAAAUGCUUUACUACACUUUUUAAAAGAGAGAUGGUAAAAAGAGAAACAGAAAUUAGCUAAAACAACUAAAGCAUUCAAGGACAUUUGUGGGAGUAAAGACAGCCAGAAUUAGAUGGUGGUAACAAAUGCAGAGCAGACCUUAAAUGGCAGAAACCAUUUUUUUUUAAAUUAAAAAAAAAUUGAGGGGGGGGGGAGGUUGAUUUGUUAAGGCCUGUAAUAAUACAGAAGUUUUCACCAUUAAGUUUUGUGACCGAGUAUUUUAUGAUACGCUUGAAUGAGGAAUCCUUUAUAUUGUAUAAUUGUUUAGUCAAGAAUAUAUCGAGUUAGUACAUAGCAUAUCUAGCUACUAAACCAUAAUGGGUAUGAGAUUAUUUAGUUUGUCAGUGCUGUAAACAGUGUGAGUGCUUCAAAGCAUGAUAACUUAUAGCCUAUGCUAGUGAUGCUGCCAGAACUCGGGCCCCUUUUUUUCUGAGCAUUAUGCAAGAUGUCAACACUUGAAGAUUUGUAUUUUGCUGGUGGAGUUACUGGACAUGGAGACAGAGAAUUAUGAAAGCUAAACACUAUUAACCUUUAGUGGCGUAUAUAAAUUGAACUGCAUUAAAUAAGUUCUAGCUUUGUUCCAUGAUGUAGAGAUCACCCCCACAUUAAGGGAAAGGGGGGGGGGGCUAAGCAUAGAGCAGCUACUGUUAUACACUAAGGACUGAGAAGAAAUAACUUAUUUAAGAUAAGUGUUUGCAGGGUUCAGAUGCUUCACAGUCUUGCAAAGAACUUGAAAUAUUUUAGAGUCAUAAAUAAACCUUUUAAAAAUUAUAAUUAAAUUUUUAUUUUUAUCCUGAAUAAAGACAGAUGUACAAAGACUAAUGGCAUGGUUAACAGGGCUUAUACAGCUUGACCAAAGGAAAGAACUUUUAUUUGUUUGCAUGCUGAAGGUCACGCAUGGGCGUGUGUGCAGUAUUGCUAGAAUUGUAAAUCAUAUCGUCCUGGGGCUCAUAUCUUAAAGAUAGUCUGUCAGAGAUGUGUGUUUUCGGGGUUUAUUUGUGCUUUUUAGAAUCAAAUGCAUUAAUUUUUAUGUUCCAUUUUGUCUGAAAUAUGUUGUCUUUAGCAUAUGCUCAAUUAUUUAGGUACAACUAUAGAAUAUAUAUCCUUGUUUAUUACAUGUGCAGUUGAUUGUGUGUGUGCUGCUGAAAAACUUUGAGAUUGUUGUGAGGUUUGACAUGUCGCUUGUGUUUGUUUUAGCACUUUGACAUGGCAUUGUGAGGUAAAACAGUGCUUUAUCUUUUUUUAUAAAAAAAAA